AUGGAGGGAUCCGCCACCAAAGUAAUCUCUUCAGUACGCAAGGUAAAAGGGUUCAAUUUUGAUCCGAAGCUUCUUGAAACCUCUCCUCCCAGGACUUUACCUCAUGCGGAUCCAGGUCUCCCUAAGCCGCCAUGUCUGAGUAAUCUUGUCCCUCCUGCAUGGAAAGGUCGUGUUUGGAAUACAGAGACUGAGGAGAUACCAGCAUCAUCAGCUUUUCCUGCUUCGACAAGCCGUUACGCACCUGAGGAUCCAAGUCUCCCUAAGCCAUGGAAAUGUCUUGUGGAUAAUAGCACUGGGUAUGGCUACUUUUGGAAUACAGAGACUGGUGUUACCCAGUGGCAGAGACCAUCUUCAGAGACUAAUGUUACCUAA